CGAUGCUCGAGAUGCACCGACAACGGACUCUCACAAACAAGGUCAUUUCCAGAGGACACCGACCUGAGAUAACCGGGAGUUUCCCUCAAUGAAGCUGCACGUGCUACUCGCUGCUGUGUCUCUCGUUGUCUUCGUCUCGCUUUCUGGAUCCGCCCCCGGACACACGAACAUGCGGCUGCCGGUUCUGAUGCGCUCAGGAGCGGAGUACUUCAUCAGGCUGGACAACGCCGCUCACAGUUCGCGCGCGCCUGACCGGAGAUCACCGACACGCACCGAGGCGCUUCAGCUGCAGCUCACGCAGCGGCGGUUAGGAGGUAAUCUCGGUAGUGUCGGUAACGAGAUCCUGAACAGCCUCGAGAAGCGGGAGCGCCGGUCUGAGGAUCCGCCAAUUUCGCUGGAUCUGACUUUUCACCUGUUGCGCGAGGUGCUGCAGAUGGCGCGAGCCGAACAACUGGCCCAGCGCGCGAGCAACAACCGCAAGAUUAUGAACGAUUUAGGAAAAUAAUACACG